AUGGCGUGCUUCCAGAUCCUCUCGGAUCUUCAUCUAGAGACCCCCAAUGCGUACGACCAAUUUAGAGUGCGUCCGCAAGCGCCGUACCUCGCUCUCCUAGGAGACAUCGGCGAGGUCAAGGAUGACGGGCUUUUUCUUUUCCUAGAAACCCAGCUUCGCCAAUUCCACGCCGUCUUCUUCCUCCUGGGUAACCACGAACCGUAUGGCUCUGACUGGACCACCACCACAGAGCGACUCGCCGCCUUCUCGGCAUUCGUCGACGAGAGACGAGCCUACGAGGCCCAGCAGCCGCAGCAGGAACCGCCCUUAAACCCCUUCGGCCAGUUCGUCUUCCUCAACCGAACCCGCUACGACGUCUCCCCGGACGUGACCGUCCUCGGCUGCACGUUGUACUCGCGCGUCACGCCCACCCAGAAGAAGCAGGUGAGCUUCGGCCUGAACGACUUCUUCCACAUCCAGGGCUGGACGGUGGAGAAACACUCGGCAUGCCACGAAGCGGACCGCGCGUGGCUAAACGAACAGGUCUCCCAGAUCGCGGCGCAGGAACCGCAUCGCUCGAUUGUCAUCUUCACGCAUCACAGCCCCUCGGUGGUCGCGGACGCCGUGGACCCCAGGCACGCGAAUAGUGUCAUCUCGUCGGGGUUCGCGACGGACAUGUCGGGGGAGGCGUGCUGGGAGAAUCCCCGCGUGAGGCUGUGGGCGUUCGGGCAUACCCAUCACAAUUGCGAUUUUACGGAGGAGCGGACGGGGAAGCGGGUGGUGACGAACCAAAGGGGGUAUUAA